AUGCCUCGAUAUGUAAAGUUCUUGAAGGACCUCUUGACCAACAAGAGGAAGAUGGAAGAGAGUGUAGCUGUGGUCAUGAAAGGUAGUUGUUCGGCAAUGCUUAGGAAAAAUUUGCCAAACAAAAUGAAAGAUCCUAGAAGCUUCAUCAUAUCAUGUGCAAUCGGAGGUUUGGAGGAAGACAAAGCUUUGGCCGUUUCGGAAGGUAGUAUUAAUGUCAUGUUGUACACAUUAUUUCAGAUAUUGGGGUUGGGAGAGCCAAGACCUACCCGCAUGACCUUGCAGCUGGCUGAUCAUUCUGUUCAUCAUCCUAGAGGUAUAAUUGAAGAUGUUUUAGUGAAGGUUGACAAGUAUAAUUUUCCUGCAAAUUUUGUUGUGCUAGAUGUUGAUGAAGAUGCGGAGGUUCCAUUAAUUAUGGGAAGACCUUUCUUAUGA